AUGGUGGUGCUGCGAUGGAAACUAAUGGAGGAAAGAUUUUCUUGCAAGAGAAGGAGAAAGGGAGCGUCUGUUUUUGCGCUGGCAACCCCCACCUUUUCAGAAUCUUCUUGUGAUUUGUCUAUUUUAUCUUGCUUCAGAAGUUUUGAGUCUUUGGAUGAUGAUGGAAGCUCACAUUCUGCAGAGGGCCAGUGGGUUUCUUCUCCAGCUGAGUUAGGAGUGGAGAAGGCUCAGCGGCCUCAUCCCGGCGUCAGCAACCUUACAGCGACGGAAGAAGAACCUAGGCGGUUGAGUAAAUUGACGAGCCUCACCGGACGAACGGAGAAGCAACUGAGGACCACCGGGCUUUCGGCGGAGUACCAAGCAGAUCAAGUGACACCGAGCUCAGAGCAGAAGCAAGCCGAGCUGUCUCCGAGAUCAUACGGGGCUGAACUUUGUGCACCCAAGGCCUAA